AUUAGUUUUAUAAAGAAGAGUAUGAAAGUUGAUGAUUAAGAAAAAAAUCUGUUUUGUUCAAAAAACAACAUAAAAUAACACAGACAAAAAACAAACAAACAAACAAAAACUCUAAGUUAACAUUGAAGUAGCGUUUAUUUCGCAUUUAUUAUCUUUAUUUUAUAAAAGUACUUGCUAACUUUUGGGACAAACCUUUUAUAUCAAUGACACCAAUUAGAUUUUUUUUCUUAAUUUAUUAAUAUGAAAUAAAAUGAUUUGUAAUUCAUAUUUUCUUUUUGGGGUAGUUUUUAAACAGAUAAUAAUUACAAAUUCUGCAAAAGAAACAAAAAUAACUGCAUGUCAAAAAUGUAAGAGUUUUUCAUAUUCAUCUCUAAAAAGAAAUCUGAACUUUAAAAUCCAUUAAAUAUGGACACAGGCUAUGAAAUUCGCUACAGCUUUAUAAAUGUCGGAGUCACCGGUAUUGUUGUAGUCAUCUUUUUAAAAACCUUUUAAAUUUGCAUGAAAAUCCCAACGUCAUUUUUAUUUUUAAAUCGGGAUUUCCAAAGUCUUUCCUACAUAAAGCUUCGCACGAUUUUAGUUCUGAAUCAUUUUACUACAAGUUACAGAUAACAUAGGUUGUGUUCUUCAAAUGUAAUACACCAGUAUAAGGUCUUACAAAGAACUGUAAAAGAUUGUAGCAAUGAGUAAAAAUGAGUCCUUUUUCGACAAAGAUACUCCUCAUGGUUUGGCUAAAAGGUUGAUGUUAAAGAAAUACCUCCAAGCUUAUAUUGAAAAGACACAAAACGAAAAAUUUAAUUUAAAAACUGUGUAUAUAGAUGGGUUCGCCGGCGAAGGUCGGUAUGGCAAUGAAUGGCCGAGUGAAAUAGAAAAAUAUGGAUCACCCCUUAUUGCUUUAAUGGUAUCCUUAGGUUUUUAUUACAAACAUGAUAUGUUAAAACAAAAGGAAGAUAAAAAAGACAAACCAAAAAUGCCAAAUACACAUGAGACUGAUUUGUUGGAAAAUAGAAAUCAGGAAACAGACAGAAGCAAAGCAUCUGUAAAAGCUGGCAACAAAUUUACAGACAAACCAGGCGAUGAAGAAAAACAAGGACAACCAACAAACACAGAGAAAAAACAGGAUAGCAUAUGGGGUUGGUCAACUUCAGAAUUGGAACCAGAAGACGAACUUUCUAUUGAACUUGAGAAACGGAAUAAAAGAAGUGAAGUAUUUGGAGAAAAUGCCAACAUUACCUUACACUUUAUUGAGAGUAAUAUAGAAACGUACAGAAAACUUGCUGCAAAUGUAGAACUUUUGAUAAUGAAAUUUCUAGAAAGACAUUAUCCAGAAUACACAUAUGGUUUUCGCCAAAUGGAGGGAAAUGCAUUGUUCGAAAUAUGUAAAGGCUCUUUCAAUUUGACAGUCAAAGUUUUCCACCAAGAGUUUGCAAAGACAACAGCACCACCGAUGCUUCGAGAUUCAUCUGUAAGAAGUCUAACAUUUCUCGAUCCUUAUGGUUUCAAAGAUACACCAAUGGCUCAUGUGCAACAGUUUGUUCCAGGUUCUGGAAAUGAAAUAUUGAUCAACUUUAUGAGUAGUUUCGUGAACCGUUUUGUAUCAAAGUGUCCUGAACAUGUUACUCAGUUGUACGGAAUAUCCCUUGAUGUUGCAAAAUAUUACGGCAUUGAUCCGUCUGAUUUAGAAGAUAGCAAAGAUGAACUUGUCGAAUUUGUGAAGUUUGUAAUUCACUUCUGCCAGCCGGAGAGAGAAUUCGAAUUUAGUAAUAAGAUACAAAAAUGCACUAGCAAUUAUGAAGCUUUUCUGAAAAGGAAAACCCAAUGUAAGUUUUCAAUUAACAUUCGAACUCAAGGAUAAAAGAAACACAACACUUUUUCACAUGGUUCAUGUAACAAAUCAUAGAAAAGGUAUAGAGGCAAUGAAGGAAUCCAUGAACAGAUGUAGCCAGAAAGAAGGCAAAAUGGUUAUGUCUGAUUAUGAUGUGAUAUGUAAGGACAAUCCCUAAAUUUUGUUAAAUAUGGAUGACAACGAAAAAGUUGCAGAGAUGAUUUAUAGUCAAUUUAGAGGAAAGGAGCGUGUACCAAUUAGCGACAUCAACGAUUAUGUUUUAUUAGAUACAAACUACGUAUUCAGAAAACGUCCAUUGGAUAUACUGCAAAGGUCGAGAAAAAAGAUAACAACAGCAGUGAACAAUUUGAAAAUACCUCAAAGAAUAACGGGUAAGUUCCCUGAUCGAGACAUAACAACUAAGCAAGCACUAAUUUGGUAUAUUUCGUUUGCUGACGAGGAAUACAGAAGUGAAUCGGCUGAUGGUCCUGAUGUUGGCGUUCAAAAUUUGAUAAAGGAGGUGAAAGAAAGUAAAAAGAAAUCAACAAAGAAAAAACAAAAUAAAACUGACAUGCCAUCAAGCACACGGACAGAGGAACAAGAAGAUACAAUUGAAAAGGAAGUUAAAAAGACAAAGGAGAACAAAGGAAAUGGAAAUAAAAGAGGCUUAGACAAGGAAAUAGUGAACGAAAAACAUUUGAAACGACAGAAAGGCGCAUUCUGCAAUAUAAAUACAAACAUCAAUGGAGCCACUCCGUUAUUGGUAACGGAAAUAGAUGAAGGCGCAAAUGAACCUAAAUAUGGAUCUCUUACUCACGAACAAAAAGAUGAAGGAGAAGUAAAGAAGGAUACCAGGAUCAAAGCAAUACGGCAAAGUUCAUUAACUGACAAGUUUAAGGUAUUAAAAAGACCAAAAGAAAUGAAUGCUAGUAAAGUACAUAAACAAGAAGGUCACAAGAGGAAAAAAAGUAAAUAGAGCUUUAUAUCUGGAAUGACACAUCUCUUGGAAACACCAUUAGAAACAUUAUCAAAACCUCAUUGGAAGCAUCGUCAUAACCUAAUCAGAGUUGUAUUACUGUAAUGUCACAUAUAUGUAGAAACCUCUUUAAAAAUGUCAGAAAGUUAUUUCUGGAAUAUCACAUCUCUUGAAGGAACCUAAUUGAAAGCAUUAUCAGGAAAUUAAUUAUUGAAUGUCUCAUUUUUUUGAAGGAACCUUAUUCGACAAAUUGUAAAAAUGUUAUUUCUGAAAUGCCUUCUCUCUUGAAGGAACCUUAUUGGACUCAUUGUUAGAAUGUUAUUUCUGAAAUGCAUUCUCUCUUGAAGGAACCUUAUAGGACAUAUUGUUAGAAUGUUAUUUCUGAAAUGCCUUCUCUCUUGAAGGAACCUUAUUGGACUCAUUGUUAGAAUGUUAUUUCUGAAAUGCCUUCUCUCUUGAAGGAACCUUAUUGGACAUAUUGUUAGAAUGUUAUUUCUGAAAUGCCUUCUCUCUUGAAGGAACCUUAUUGGACAUAUUGUAAGAAUGUUAUUUCGGAAAUGCCUUCUCUCUUGGAGGAACCUUAUUGGAUAUAUUGUUAGAAUGUUAUUUCUGAAAUGCCUGCUCUCUGGAAGGAACCUUAUUGGACAUGUUGUUAGAAUGUUAUUUCUGAAAUGCCUUCUCUCUUGAAGGAACCUUAUUGGACAUAUUGUCAGAAUGUUAUUUCUGAAAUGCCUUUCCUGUUGAAGAAACCUUAUUGGAAACAUUGUUAGGAAGUUAUUACAUUUUACUGAAGAAUGCCUGUAUGGACUUUUUGUAAUAGGCCUAGUUUUUGUAGUUUGUACAAAUAUUUCAUGUUAAAUGUGUUUGUUUCUAGUAAUUAAUUUAACCAAGUAUCAUUUUAUCAUUAUUUAUAUGUUAUUAUAUUUAGUUAUAUUUGUCUAUUUUAUACAUAUUUUAUCAAAAUAAUAAAUGAAUGAUUUUAUCAUAAAAUUAGUUAUAGCAAUCAACAAACUUGUUAGAUACACAGUAUUACAUACUUUUCUGGCACAUGUACCUUACUUUUGUUUAUAAUUAUAAUGAUAUAUAAGUAAAGCCUUUACUUUUAACAUGUUUUCUUUUGAAAAUCAUUAAAUAUUGAACUUAUUACUUGUAUCUUUUUAUAUCAUUUCAUAUUUAUGAAGUUUUGUCAUCAACCCAAAAAUGCACCAUGAGUAUUGUAUAAAUUUAGAACAGAUGACAAAAUCAUGCAGCACUAUUGAUUGUAAAUCUUAAGUUAAUUAUAUUUUCUUUUAUUGAAAUUUUAUUAUAUAAUUAUGCUUAUAUUUUUUUGGUAUUUCAAGAAUAAUAUAGAACAGGUUUAUCAUUCGGAAAAAUUACAACAGAACAUAAAAAAAUGUCAAACGCAGUGUUUCUGGGUUAAAUAUAAUAUUGAUAAUACUGAUGUACCUUUUGUACAAGCUGUUUUAUACUUGUUUGUUUAUUUUUUUGAUAUAUCAAAAGUAUGUUUUUGGGGUCCUCCUGGGCUCCUGGAAGCUGGUUCUUGUUGCUGAGUCGUGUGGGGGUUGCGUCUAUUGAACGUCGCCAUUCCUUCCCUCCGAAAUUACAUAUUGGAUGACGAAUGACUCCACAAAGCCGUUAGUGCCUGACUGUCCACAAAAUAUUAAUCGGACAUGUUUUGAUAUUUUGCUGACGAUAUGAUGAUAUGCACGUGCCUAAUAUUUUAAUAACUCGUAUAAAUAAAAUAAAUAAUUAAAUUUAUAGCUGAUUGAUUUCUUGUUUAUGUUAAGAAAAGCGAUAUGGGGUUGUAUUUUUUCUAUUGUAGAUAUCAAUAAAAUAAUUGAAAUAUAUUUAUGAAUAAAUACUAUAGAAAACCUUGUUUU